CGAACCCGGCGGUUCUGGACUGAAGCCGAGGACGCCUUGCUUCGGUCUGCCAUCCUCGAGGGUACGCUCUCGACGGUUCUGUUUGGCUGGUCCACAUUGAACUCAUUUGUGCCAGGGCGCACGAACAAAGACUGCCGAAAGCGGUGGUAUGGGCAGAUGGAGUGA